AUGGCUCUGGACGCAAAAUACGCCAGCCUCAUAACAUCGCUAGAUGCACUCCUUCAGCAGAGCCGUAAGCAUGAUGCCGAGUCGGCGCUCAGUCUCGACCUGGACGAUGCACUGCUUGAGCUUGAAUCAUGGCAUGCGAGCUAUACUUCACAGGCCGUGCCGUCUCUACUCGAAAGUUUGGCCGCAGACAAGUCUGGCUCCGACCUCGCCGAGUUGACACUGGAUACGACCUUGCAUUUCUCGCAAGAUCUUGAAGCUACUAUGGCAGAAUGGUCAUCAACGUCGCGAGAGCCGCUGGACACUCACCCUGGAACAAGCCGGAUAUUGGACGCUGCGCGCCUUCUCCGCGACAUCAAAGGCACCGUCUUCGUACAAGAGGCGGCAUGGCGAGACGAGCAGCUACACGCGAUCGUGGAACAGAGGUCAAAUCCACACUCUGACCGUAGUUCUAUUGUUCAUGAGCCUCAGUUCGAUCGGGCCGAGAGGGAUAGAGUGACCGAGAGCUCGUCAAGGUCAAAAACCAAAGAUGACAAAGAGACUACACUGGAGCGGGCCACGCCUAUGACUGGCAGUCAAGUACACCACAAAAGUGUGCAGCUUUUCAAGUCACCGAGACAUUCGCUGUCAGAAACUAAGCCACCACGGCUCAGGCAGGCUCAUCCGGACAGUGGUGAAGAGUCAGAUCAGCGUCCGGCGCAGAUCACUAAACCCUCUUCACAAAUACCGGCUGACUCCAAUCACGAUGUACAAGUCUCGCCGAUGCAGCUACCGCAAGAGCGCAGAGAUGCACUUCAAAUGGAUGCGGAGACCGUCCAAAGUGUGCGACCGACGUCAGCACCAGCAUUCCCGCCAAACAGUCCCGCUGUCGACAAUCGUCGGAAACAUAGAAUUUUGCGCGUCAUCCGAUCACCGAGACAUUCGCUGUCAGACCCUUGGACACCACAACCAAGGCAGGCCCAUCCUGAUGGCGGAGACGAGCCAAGACAGCACCCUACACGCACUGCCACGUAUGUGAAAUCUCCUAUCGAUCUGUUCUGGCCGCAACAUGCCUCAUCUAAAGAGCCACGACAACGAGUGAUCAAGUCCGAGAUCAAGCUGAAUCCUGAUAUUGAAUACACCUCGUUCAUUGCGGGGACCCAAAAAUCCAUGGUGUGGUGCGCCCGGUCUCAGAAAGAGGAUCGGACGGAUGACCACCUAGCGGUGAAGAUCGUACCGUGCGACGAGACAACCAUGCGCAAGAUUGAAGGAAGGGACGUCCCGGGGGGGAGGUAUGAACUGAAGAACUUGGCAUCAAUCAAUCACGACCACAUUGUUGCCCUGGUUGGCAGUUUUGAGGAGGACCGGCCGAACAGGGACCGCGUCUUCGGCCUACUGCUUUAUCCUCUCGCUCGAACACACAUGGAGAACCUUGUGUCGGAAAUAUCGCGAUACAACGAGACGCGGACAGCAACAAACAUGGAGCAAUGUCACGAGAAGACUUACCUUCUCCUCUCGUAUUUUGCAUGCCUCUGCCAGGUUCUCAUGUAUCUCCAUCGCCACCGGAUUUUGCACCAAGAUGUCAAGCCGAGCAACAUACUUGUCGACAAUUUCGACAACGUACUCCUGGCAGAUUUCGACAUCGCGAAGAAGUACACGUCUCGGCAAUUUGACAUGGGCGUAGGUGCGCCUCCUCAAACAAGAAAGUACGCACCCGCACACGUGAAAGAAGGCAAAGAUCAUGGCUCUGAAUGGGACGUGUACUCCCUUGGAUGUGUGUUCCUUGAGAUGGCCACCGUGAUCAUGGGGGAAACUAUCACUGCUCAGCAUCAGCACUUUGUGUGUGGUGACACGGUUGUUGAGGGUUGGCAAGAGCUCGAGCUUGGCUACGACGAGGCUUUAAAGCUGGGCCGCAUUAAGUCAUGGAUUGAGCACCUCAAAACAAGGUUCGCGGCUGCGCCGAAACACAGCUUGUUACGGAACAGCUUCUCCUCUGCAGGCGCUCUUGAGAAAUACCAGACCCCUGAAGGAGCGGCCGAAGCGUUCUUUGGCAGCAUAUUGAUGAUGCUCAACGCUGAGCUCGGGGCUGAUGGCAUACUUGAGAGGGCAUGUAGCUGCUUCUGUCGCCUCAGCCAGUGGGACUGCACAUAUUGUUUCCCCCCGGGAUCCAAUCACAUGUCGACCAAGCCUGGCGCUCGCAGUGUGCUGUCAAGCAAAAUGGUUGAGGCGCCCAAGUUAAUCACGAUCACGGUCAGUAUCAGCAAAUAUCCUGAAUUAUCGUCUGCGUGCUCACGAAACAUCAGAUAA